AUGUCGUCCCCCAACAAUAUGGUUUUCCGUUUGCCUACCCACCUUGAGUCAUUCGUUCCUCCUCCCUCCGACCAAGUUCCACCAUCACGAUCAUGGUCCGGCGUCCUCACAUUAACAUUCUCCUCCAACUCGCUCAGCGGUUAUGAAGAUAUAUACGUCACAGCCGCGGAGACCGAUGGUGACAACCACAUGAACCUAUGGCCUCCGCGCCUGCCGCCCGUCUGUGCUUUCAUGCCAGAUAGACUCCCGGACCCCGCCGCCCAUACCGCCAAUCAGGCCAACUUUGCGUCUUUCUCCCGUCUCUUGCUCGAAAACCAACUCGUCGCCUUUGCCCCGUGGAAUGCUCCCGACAGACUUCCGGGUGCUGGGAUCAUGAUAUAUCCCACCUCAUCAUCGACUUCUCUUCUCGUCGGAGCUCUCUUUUUGUCCGGACCAUUCCCGGACUUCAUCGCCUACACGGAGCCACAACAAGGCUCCUCACAGUCUUUCCCACCGCCAUACUCUUUUCCAACUUCCAACCCAAUCCCUGGCCCCUCUACCUCCUAUAGCGUCUCGACUCAGCAUCACCACCAGUACGGCGAUAGCCAGGGCUCCGCGGGCUCUUACCCCUCGUCUUCCACGUCUGGAUCGGCUUCCUGGAUGAGCCCAAGAUAA